AUGUUGGCUGCUUGGGGAGAUUCAGAUUCAGAGGAAGAACAACCAUCAGAGGAAACUUCCCAUCUAUGUUUGAUGGCAAAAACUGAUGAAAAGGAAAAACUGAAGGAGCUAGAAUCUGAGGUAUGGUUUUCUCAAAAAGAACUUAGACAUUUCACUAAAGAAAACCUAAUAUUAGUUGUUUUAGAAAUUCAAGAAGAAUUGAAAGAAUUGCAUAAAGCUAAACAGAAAAGUGAUGAAGCUUUGGUUACUUUUAAAGAAAACAGUGAGUGGGUUGAUAAUAUGAAAUUAGAUAUUCAAUAUAGAUUAUUUAGUCUGUUUGAUGAUAAUAACUAUUUAAAAGAAACUAUAAACAGGUUGAAACAUGAUAACAUCAUAUUAAAUGUGGAACUAUCCUUGAUGAAACUCUGUCUUAUUGCACCUGAUUCUGAAGUUCCUCCACUUGCUCAAUAUCCGAAUUUUGAAAAACUAAAAUCCGAUUUGGAAGAUAUAAGAGCAAAUAAGGCAAGACUUGAGGGGGGACUUGAGAAAGCCAGGAAAGGCAAACAACCUGUAGAUUACAGAGUUCCAGAUUGGAUCACCAAAGCUGAAACCAAAAGAACAGAAGGUUUGGGUUUCAAAAGGAAGUUCCAAAAGGAAAAGAAAAUUAUUCACAAUGACACUGGGAACAUUAUCUUAGAAGGAACUCGUAAAGGAAACACAUAUGUUGUUGAUCUUAACGAAGUUCCUAAUAGCAGUUUAACAUGUCUUAGUGUCAUUGAGAAUGAUCCUUUAUUGUGGCACAAGAGAUUUGGACAUGCAAGCUUCACUUUACUAGAUAAAUUGAGAUCUAAGGAACUAGUGGAAGGACUUCCAUGCAUUAAGUUCCUGUAUGACAAAGUGUGUGACGCUUUUGUUAGAGGAAAAUAG